AUGCCACGACAACCGCCUCGGCGCGCCCCUCCUGCUCCCGCAACACCUUCAUUCGUUCAAUCCCCGCCAGUCGUAGCUCCUCCGCCCGCAGUGACAACGCCUGUUUUCGCGACACCCCAAGGCUUCCAGCAGGAUGUCGAAACAUUACCCAAUGCUGUUCCUGCAUGGCAGAUACCACCACCGCAACCGCAGCGGAGAUUCAAUCAGCCCGUACCUACCAUGUCCGAGCCACUGGAGGACAGUGAUAUUGAGAAUGAUCCCGUCGACUACAGGGUGAGGGCGAUUGAUUUCGAUGCGCUGGAUGAUGAUGUUGAUGGUGGCGAAGAUGACGAUGAAGAUCUGGAUGAAGAGUUGGAUGAUGAGGAUGUGGAAGGGGAGGAGGAUGAGAAUGAAGAGAUGCGCGCACGACGAAAAUCACCAUCCCCCUUGCCCCCCGAUCUCCGCGAAAUAUCCUCCCUAGCAUCAUGGACCGUCUCAACACACAAACCCGGCUGCGGCGUUGCAGCACUACGCAACCCCUCGCCGCAGCAAUUCUGGCAAUCAGACGGCCCUCAACCACAUACACUUACUUUGCACUUCUUCAAAGUCGUGGCCAUAGUCAAGAUCCGUGUAUACCUUGACUUUGACCUCGACGAAAGCUAUACACCUACCAAGAUGAUGUUUUAUGCAGGCAUGGGAGGGAAUGAUCUCGUUCAUUUUGCGACUUGGGAGGAUGAUACGCCUGCUGGAUGGGUUAAUAUACCUCUGAUAGGGGUUGGGGGUCGGAAUAAGAGGAGGAAAAGUCAUGCUGUGGGCGGCAAUCGACGGCGGACACGGAACAGUAAACCAGCAAAGGGUGUUUCCAUAGACGAUGGGGGGGAUCUAUAUAACGAUUCACUCGACGAGGAUGAUGAUGAGGAUGACCCAGAUGACCCUUAUGCAGGCAACGUUCUCAAAGCAAUGGUCGUCCAAGUACGUAUUUGCGAAAACCAUCAAAACGGCAAGGAUACACAUGUCCGCGGGUUUCAGGUGUUUGCGCACGACGAUGAUCGGCGCCGUAUAGCGGCCGCAACGGCGGCGGCUGCGAAUGCAGGUCAACCGGGGCACAAUCGGCGCAAGUCUGUGCAGAAUGAUUCUCAGGAUGGGUUUGGUGCUGCUGAUGAGGGGCCCGCUGAUAAACGUCGUGGUCUGGAUGAGCCGGACUGGAUGGGUGAGCCUGUUAUUCGAUAG